GCUGAAGGGUACUCCUUAAAUUGGAGGAACUUCUGAGUCGCAGUCUAUACUCUGUGUAUACGGCUAUUGAUGAUUCCCUUGCAUCUGAGUAUUACUGAACAUUACCGGGGAAGCAAGCGUGGCAUUAGAGCUAAUUGAUCUUCCUCGGUCUUGGACAAGUACUAUCUAACCUCGGCAAUCUGUCUCAUCGAUCCCUCUACACUUGUACUCCGCAGAUGAGCAAGAAACAUCCCAUACCUCUCUAAGGCUAACGAGCUGGCGAUUUACGACUUCUCGUCUCUGAACUACAACGCCCUCAAAAAUAUCCAACCCACCCAGCCCUUCAAGGAAAUACCACGGCAUCGCCAUGGCUGACGGUAAACGCCCCUUGGGCCUUCUCUUCGACAUUGGUGGAGUCUGCGUUGUGUCGCCAAUGCAAGCCAUUUUAGACUACGAGCUCGCCAACAACAUCCCCCCAGGAUGGGUGAACUUCAGCAUCUCGCGGACCAAGCCUCACGGGAGUUGGCACAAACUGGAACGGGGCGAUAUCAAAAUGGAUGCCGAAUUCUUCGCCGGCUUCAACAGCGACUUACGGAUUCCCGAGCUGUGGCAACAGUUUCAUGAGCGACUCCAGAAGAAACAGGCGCCGGGCGCCGUAACCUCCACCCCCGCGCUGCCGCAAGUGGAUGCGGAAUGGCUCUUCUGGGAGAUGAUGCGUGUAUCGCGGACCCCAGACACUUACAUGGCUCCUGCGUUGAAAAAGCUGAGAGCGUCGGGGCAAUUUGUUCUCGGGGCGUUGUCGAACACGGUUAUCUUCCCUGAGGGACAUCCGUUCAACUCGGACUCGAACGGAGUCAAGUCGCAAUUUGACUUCUUUAUCUCGUCGGCACAUACUGGCCUGAGGAAACCAGAGCCGAAGAUCUACGAGGUCGCUAUCAAAGAGAUGGAUACGUUGGCGAAGAAGAAAGGCUGGAAGGGCAUGGCCCCGUCUGACAUCGUCUUCCUCGAUGACAUUGGAGAAAACCUUAAAGGCGCCAAGAAGGCUGGAAUGAGGACGAUUAAGGUGAAUCUUGGACGAACGCAAGAUGCAGUCAAAGAAUUAGAGACGAUCACUGGCCUGACUUUGCUAGAGGAUCCAGGCAAGGCCAGGCUGUAAUGGAUGUAAUGGAGACAACUGCAGCGCAUAUUCCAUGGUUAUAUAACUUUCUUGUU